UAUAGUGAAUACAAUUGAACAGAUUUUACUUGAUAUAGACUCUGUAAGAAAGGGAAACACUUGUGUAUCAAUUCAUAAUAAUGUCUUAGACUGAGGAAAAAAACCCAAGGAAAAAGAAGGAACAUAUAUAAAGUUAAAUAUGAUUAUUUUUCUGUUGGUCUUUCUAUUGUGUUUUUCUGCAGGGACUAAAACAAUAAACGGACAAGCAUGCACGGGAACGGAUACUGUUGGUAGACAGAAUACACAGGACAAGGACAACGAUAAUUAUGAUGGGAAAGCAGUGAAUGCUGUUCUGCUGAAUGACAACAGAUACCAGUUUGGUUGCUGUGGGUUUAUUUCAACAUGGGAAGUAUUUGCCAGAAAUGGGGCAGCUGUUCCAAUUGACGUAAAAGUACAGGUUUGGGAAGAUACAGGAACUUUGUGGAAUCUUCGAGGAGAAAACACUAUCACUGCAAACACUGAUGAUGCUGAGAAUGUACAAACAAUAACAGCCCCCAAUAGGAUUCGUGCAAGAAAUAAUGAUUACAUAGGCUUUUAUGAACCUUCUGGGUCUGUGGUCACAUAUGGAGGUGGAAACAGAUACAAAACAGCUAACUUUGGCACAGAUCAAACAUCGUAUGAUUGGGAUUCAGAAGGUCAAGGCAAGAACAGGGAUCAUGCAAUUCAUGCCAUAAUAGUUGAAAGUCAGACUCCAGUCUUUACGAAUUUAGACGAUACUGUAGCAGUCAGUAACAGUGAAGUAGCAGGGACUGUCUUGUUUACCCUUACAAUCAGUGACGGAGAUGCCGAGGAUGAUUCGACACAGUUAACUAUAGCAAAUACAGUCAAUACGGGAUCUGCUUCAACUUUGUUUGAAUAUGAUUCUCUUACAUUAGAAAUUAAAGUGAGGGCUGGUGUUACUCUGACUCCUGGAGACCACUCAAUGACAUUCAGUAUUACAGAUCCAUGUGGAAAGUCUUCAACAGGAAAACUGACUUUACGGGUAGAAAAUGAUCCACCCGUGAUAACGAGUCUAGCUACAAGUAAUAAUAUAAGUAUAUCUGAGGAUCUGACAACAGAGACCUUACUACAUACUCUCGUAGUCACUGAAGCGGAUCCUUUCACAUGUCAGAUAGAUUCUACUGGAGUUCCAUUUGUCAUCAAAACUAUAUCUGGAUCUUCGAACUAUGGAAUUUUCCUAUCAGCCGGUGCAUCCAUGGAUUACGACACACAAAAUGCAUACGUUUUAGAUUUAUCGUGUACUGAUACUUAUGAUGUCACACCUGGAAUAUUUACAGUCUUUCUGAUUAGGAAUAAUCCGCCUGUUAUAAAUGGACUACCUUUGGCAAUAGAUGUACAAGAGGACAGUGUUGUGGAAACUACUCUUUACACCAUGUCUGUUACAGAUCCAGAAAACACUGCUGUAACCUGUUCUAUUCCUACAGUUACACCAUCAACAACUAUACUUUUUCAUAAGCCGUCUGCAAAUUUUAACGAAUUUGACAUUGUUUUGCAGUCGAAUCCUAACCUUCAGUAUGAUUUAGUACGAACCUACCGACUUGAUAUAACGUGUACAGACGGUAGACGGAGCGACUCUGGUAUCUUCUUUAUGAAUGUUCUUCGAAACAAACCCACAGUAUUUUUAAAUCUGCAGAACACAACCACAGUGUCCAGCAUUUCAUCAUAUAUUGGACAAAUAGUGUUUGAUGUAGAAGUAACUGAUCCAGAGAAUGACCAAGUUCAGUUUUCCAUGUCAUGUGUACCGUCUAUUAAUUCUCCGUUUGAAAUAUAUCACUCUGGUGAAAUACUGCUAAAAAGGUCAAUUGAAGGGGAAUUCGUACCAGCCUAUGAUUGUUAUGUUGAAGUUAGCGACGGACAAACAACAACAGGUCCUAGGUCAUUGACAAUUCAUGUUUUAGAUAUAAAUUAUGUUCCUGUUAUAAGGAACCUUCCUCUUCCUUCACCUUUAGUAGUGUCUGAAAAUUCGGCCCUUGCCAUGAGUGUAUUCCAAGUAUCCAUACAAGACAACGACGGAGCGGAUACUCAUACCUAUACUAUGACAUCAUCACCACCUGAUGGCAUUUUGUAUUUUGAUAUUGAUUCUACAACUGGACUUGUGAGUACAUCUGCAACAACAAUAGUUGAUUUUGAGGCCGUAUCAUCAAAAGAUUAUACGUUAACAAUAACAGUCACCGACACGAAAGAUUCUGUUACACAGAAUCUAUCUCUUACCGUUGCCGAUGUUAACGAACCUCCAGUGUAUACAAAGAGGUCUUAUGUACUAGGUGUUAACGAAGGUUCGGCUGGUACCAUUCUGCCUGAUCCUGGAUAUUUGUAUACAGAUGAGGAUACAGGCGACACACAUAAGUUUUCUAUGGCUUGUGGGUCAAACGUUGGAUAUUUUUCUAUCUCUUCAACCACAGGAUUUAUAACUCUCGCUACAGAUAUUAAUGUUGAUGCAGCAGGUUCUGCUACUUCCUAUACCUGUGGAGUGACAGUAUCAGACGGUGUCUUAUCUGAUAGCGCCACUUUAACAAUCAAUGUAAAAAAUAUAAACGACAACACUCCAGUAUUUUCCAACAAUUUAUUCACUUACUAUUUGGACAGUAAUUAUCCUUUGAACACUGUUUUUGGUUCUGCUGUCGCCACUGAUGCCGAUGCUGGAGCGUUUGGAACAUUUACUUAUAGUAUUGACCAGACCUCUUUAGGAAUAGAAACAUUUGGGAUACAGACAAAUGGGGAUUUAUACUUAAAGAACUCCUUAGCUAGUUUUGGAUAUGGUGCAAGUCUGAGCUUUAUCGUACAGGCAAUAGAUACCGGAAGUCUUCAAGGAACGGCAACUGUUUUUGUUGUAUUACCACAAACAACAACUACAACAACGACAACAACGAACCGAUAUAUAACGUUCUGGGAAUAUCCUGCGAAUCCAGCAUGGGUUAUUGUUCUCAGUGUUCUUGGUGUUUUCAUUUUGUGCCUACCAUGUUUUAUGGUCUGGAAAAACAGGGGAUCUUGUACAUAUAAAGGACGACCUGAUGACUACAAGGAAAGAAUUCGAGAACCAAGCGAAGUGUAUGAAAAUAAAGAGGACAUGACGAAAAAGAGAAAGUUUAAUCUUAGAUGGAAACCAUGGAUGUGGUUUGAGCGCAGUUGAAUAAACCAUGACAAAAACUCUAAGAUUCUUUAGUUAUUCGAAUAUUCAACGUCAGAUUCUUUUUGUGAUUUCAUAAGGAUACAGAGUAGAAAUUUGUGUUCAUGUAAUACUUUGCAACCAUUUACUCACAUAAAGCACUAUCUAGAAUUCAAAAUUGAUUAGUCUGCGUUUUUUCAUAAUGAUAAAUUUUCUAUUAUUCAUAUCUGUUCCAUUUUGUUUCAUUUCUUAACAAAAUAAUACAUGCAAUACUUCACACUAGUGUCUAUAACUUGAAAUUAUAUUUAUGAUGUAUAUGACAAUAACAUCAGCUUGUGAAAGUAGCGCUUCACGGAAUUGACAAAUUCAAUUAUUUUAGAACGAGCGAUGUAGUGAUGCAGUAGGAAUGGGAAUAUAUGACAUUACUAAGUCGUAAUAUUAUAAUAAACUGAAGUUUGUAUUUACAACGAGGCAGUAAUUGACAGUUUACACUUAUUUAUUAAACAUAUUAAGCAAGUCCCAUUAUUUUCUUGAACUUGAAGAAAUCGUGAUGUUUUCUGUAUUAAUGAUCAUAACAUGACGCAAGGCCAAUACCGGUCUAAAAGACUUUUUAUUCUUCAUUGUAGUUUUAGCGUCAUUUCUUUGUUGCCUGAUUUAUCUUAUGUUCUUUGUUUUAAUGUCUUAAUUUUAUCUUGUUCUUUUUAUUUGCUUGUUUUUAACAUAUCAAUCUUCUUUUUCUGCAUUAAAAACAAAACGUUUCCACGA